CCCUGCCGCACAUCCCGGUGCCGGUCCCUGGUCCUGGCCGGGGGAUGUAGGAGGACGCGCGGCCGAAGGUACCCGGGCAGAGCCGCCGCCUGUCGCCUGCAAGGGCGGGCGCAGCCGCCGCCGCGGCCGUGUGGCUGUAGGCGUUCCUCGGGGAGACCGGGAAGGGGCACGGCUGCUCCCCGCCUGCCCCCCCGCCGCCGGUCCCGCCCGUGCCUGUGGCGUGUGCCUGCCCGUCCCGCGGGGCCAUGGAGCGCGCGUUCACGCCGCUGGAAUGCCUCCUGCCCGCCGGGAAUCUGAAGUUUUGCCUUCUGAUUCUGAACCAGCCUUUCAACAAAGGUCAUUUCCAUUGUCUGUGGAGCAGAGCUGCCCUGAGAGCUUGUGCUGAUGGAGGUGCCAAUUGUCUCUACCACAUCACAGAAGGGAGCCAGGAAAGCUUCUUGCCUGAUUACAUCAGUGGUGAUUUUGAUUCCAUUCAGCCUGAAGUCAAGGAGUACUACAAGGUCAAGGGAUGUGAGUUAAUUGAAACCAUGGAUCAGGACCUCACAGAUUUCACCAAGUGCCUUCAAAUACUCCAGAAAAAGAUAGAGAAGAAGGGCCUCCAGGUCGAUGUGAUUGUGGCUCUGGGUGGACUUGGAGGACGCUUUGACCAAACAAUGGCAUCAGUGGAAACGCUUUUUCAUGCAACAAAUAUCACUCCUUCUCCAGUGAUAGUUAUCCAGGAGUGCUCGCUGAUUUACCUGCUUCAACCUGGCAAGCACAAGCUGCAUGUGGACACGGGACUGGAGGGCUCCUGGUGUGGCCUCAUCCCCAUCGGGAACCCCUGCGAGAGUGUGACCACGACAGGCCUUAAGUGGAACCUCACUAACCAGGUGCUGAAGUUUGGAACACUCGUCAGUACUUCCAACACCUAUGACAACUCCGGGAUUGUGACUAUCGAGACAGACAAACCUUUGCUGUGGACAAUGGCUAUCAAGACAUAAGAUCAGCUACAGCUGCCUUUUCUGAUCUGAUACAACUCAAAUUACUACAAAAUUUCACUGAAUUAAGACAGUAAAGCUGCUGCAAGGUAUAAGCAGGCACUGAUUUUGUGUAUUGAAUGAAAAACAAGUCUGGAAUAAAAGUCACUUGAGAUUGAAUCAAAAUUACUUGCAGUAAUAGAGUACUUCAUUCUGGUAAGUCACACUACUUAAUCAGAAGAUGCAUGAGCAGCUACUCAGUACAACCACAAACCGAAAUGAAUGUAAAGAAAUUGCUGCUGCUU